CUACAAACGAGCAGGCAGAUAGCGAUGGCAUCAAACAAGCACCUAUAGAUUGCCUUCAGGUUGUAGUGAUUGAAGAUGCACUCGCAUGGAGAAGGUACGAAAGCCAUCGAAAGGCUUUGCAGACGAUGUCGAGUAACGGCGCUAGACUAUUGUCCAGCCAUGAACUCUGUCAUCAACAUGAUAAUACGGCAGCUUGGUUGGUUUACUUAUGGAACGUUGUCGAUAUCUAUCUUACUGAUAAAGAGGCUUUAGAUGAUGAGCCUUUGUUCGACAGGCUCUUUCUUUCAUCCGUCCAG